AUGGCGAGGAAUCUCCACCUCUUCUUCAGCAGACUCAGCAGCUGUUCCUCUUCUCCUCCCGAUGCGGCGAUUGACAAGGACUUCGACCGCCUUUCCUCCUCCUCCCCCUCCACCGCCGUCUUCAACAACUUCAACACCCUCUACGAGCCCUCCUCCUCCCCCGCCGUCGCCGCCGACUACGACGAACCCACGGCGGCGAUAUCAGGCCUGUCGACAGCCAUCGCCUCCCGCCGCCUCCACCCUCCGUCUCCCCCGGGGCCGUCCAAUGCCAUCGCCGAUCCCUCUGCCGUCCCCAUCGGCUUCGGCGUGGCGGUGCCGACCUACUCGCCGGAUCCCUACGAGGACUUCCGGCGGUCCAUGACGGAGAUGGCCGCCGCCGCCGGCCUGCUGAGCUGCCGCCGGCACCGUCACCGUCGGGAAGGCCUCCAGGAACUGCUGGUCUGCUACCUCGCUCUGAACCGGAAGCACACCCACAAGCACAUCCUCCGCGCCUUCUCCGACCUCCUUGCCGAGCUCUCCGACGACGAGGAAGAAGAAGAAGAAGAAGAAGAGGAAGAGUCAGAUGUAUGGAGGGGACGAUGA